GUCGACGGCGGGGAAGAGAUCGAAGCGAGCGAGCGAGAGAGAGUGAGAGGGAAAUGGCUUCGAGGGUUUUGGUUGGCAUUCGUAAGCUGCUUGUUGGAAGAUCAUGUUACAAAGCCUCAAUCCCAACCUCCCAAUUCUCCACUUUAGCCGUCGAUGGCCUCUCCUCCUCAGUGGUUCCAUUGCAACCCAUUUCCGGACACUCAGGGGUUUUGACAUUCGAUAAAAUUCGAGGCAAUAUUCGAGAUACAUCUUUGCAAGCAGUCUGCUGCUUCUAUGGCACUAAUGACUUCAGCUUUAAGUACAUUCAAAGGCUGGUGGACAAAUUCCCUCCUGUAAAAGCAUUUCAUUUUGUCCUUGACGACAAUGAUAAGGAUUCGUCUUCAAUGAGAGCGUUGAACAUUUCAAGUCUGCCAAUGUAUCAUUUCUAUCAAAAUGGGGAAAAGGUAGAGGAGCUAGCUGGUGAUUAUAUCAAACGCUUCAAGACAGUUCUUGAAAAACUUUACAACCCUCAAGAAGUUGGCACAAAAGCCAAGGAAAAUGUGAUGCAUGAAGGCGUAGUUCGAAGACGGAACGAGGAGGAAAGAAAAAAGCCUAUGAUGAGCAUUUAUAUGAAUCAAUUAUUUCCAAGAUCUAAUUCCAGUUUUAAGUUAUCUAGUGGGAAUGCCUUAGAAGCUGAAGUUGUACGCUUAAGGGAAGAUAAGUUCUUGGUAGAUGCAGGACUUGGGACCCCCAGAAUUUGCAUGCAAGAUGAGACUACAGGAGUGCCAAACCGAGCCAUCAGGUUUAAGACUAAGGUGGGAUACAUUUCUAAGGGGGGAGUGGCCGGUGAAUCAGUGAUCAAAGAGCAGAUGUUGGAGAGAUUCUUCAUCGAUGUAGUGGCUGGUGAAUCAAAGAUCAAAGAGCGAGCAGCCGCCAGGUUUCAGUCUUUGGUGGGAUCCACAGAUGUAGUGGCUGGUGAACCGCAUCUUCUUCUUCCACGAAGAUUCAGACAGAGGCGAGCUUGGAUGGAACUGAACAAGAUUUGGCAAAGGAAUAGAAAGGUAAAGGGCUUUAUUCUUCAGAAAGUCAAGGGAGGUUAUUUAGUAGGCAUCGGGGGUUUCGUUACUUUUCUUCCAAUCCGCCGAAAAAUAGCGAUAUCGAAUGGUCGAUUCACCAUUGAGAGCAUUAACCGCAAAAGGCCUAAUAUUGUUGUGUUCUAACAGCAGCAGAUCCAACAAGAACUUAUUUUUGUCAAGAUGAAUUUGUUUCAACAACCGAUCCUUUGUUAGGAUUGCAUGAUGGUUGUAUGCUUUGUUUUUGGAUUUUUUUCAUCUGUUUAAAACUUUAAAUGUUCAGCUUCUUCAACUGGUCCUCACCUCACCUAGUGAAAGGCUUCAUCUUCUUCAAAAUAGA